AUGGAGCUCACAGCCCCCACGUCUGGGAGGGGCCCUGACCCCAGACUUGGGAGGCUUUUAGGAAACCUGGAUGCACAGAGCCUGCGGAGCUGCACCUCGCAAGAAGGGGGUUUCCAGCAGGUGACAGUCACCCACUGGAAGAUCCAAACGACAGAGGCAGCACAGGCUGGAAGUAAGUCUGAGGGGAGCCCUCUCCUGAGCCCAGAUCUCCUCCUGCUUCAGAGAGAGUUGAUCGAGGGGGAGGCCCCCCAGCACGAGGCCUGCCGCAGCUUCCCAUUCAACCCGGGCCUGGCCAGACAUCAGGCUUCUUGUGCUGGGGAGAAAGCUCACAGGUGUGACGAGUGCGGGAAGGGCUUCAGCCAGAGCUCCCACCUGGCGGAGCAUCAGCACAUUCAUGGCAGGGAGAGGCUAUACGUGUGUAACGCGUGUGGCAAGGACUUUGUUCUCUACACGGAUCUCAUGGAGCAUCAGAAAGUACACACGGGAGAAAGGCCCUUCAAGUGCACUCAGUGUGGGAAGGCAUUCUGUCACAGCUCAGACCUGAUCCGCCACCAGCGGGUCCACACCCGCGAGAGGCCCUUUGAGUGCAAGGAGUGCGGGAAGGGCUUCAGCCAGAGCUCACUGCUCAUCCGGCACCAGAGGAUCCACACGGGGGAGCGGCCAUACGAGUGCAAUGAGUGCGGCAAGGCCUUCAUCCGGAGCUCCAGCCUCAUCCGGCACUUCCAGGUCCACACGGAGGUGAGGCAGUAUGAGUGCCAGGACUGUGGCAAGGCCUUUCGCCACCGCUCAGACCUCAUCGAGCACCAGAGGAUCCACACUGGGGAGCGGCCCUUCGAGUGCAACGAGUGUGGCAAGGCCUUCAUCCGGAGCUCGAAGCUCAUCCAGCACCAGCGCAUCCACACUGGGGAGCGACCAUACGUCUGCAACGAGUGCGGGAAGCGCUUCAGCCAGACGUCCAACUUCACGCAGCACCAGAGGAUCCACACCGGGGAGAAGCUCUAUGAGUGCAAUGAGUGUGGGAAGGCCUUCUUCCUGAGUUCCUAUCUUAUUCGACACCAGAAGAUUCAUACCGGGGAGAGGGUGUACGAGUGCAAGGAGUGUGGGAAAGCCUUUCUCCAGAAAGCACACCUCACCGAGCACCAGAAGAUCCACUCUGGGGACAGGCCCUUCGAAUGCAAGGACUGUGGGAAAGCCUUUAUUCAGAGCUCCAAGCUCCUCCUGCACCAGAUUAUUCACACUGGAGAGAAACCCUACGUGUGUAGUUAUUGUGGGAAAGGCUUCAUUCAGAGGUCAAACUUCCUUCAGCACCAGAAGAUCCACACUGAGGAGAAACUCUAUGAGUGUAGUCAGUAUGGGAAAGAGCUCACCCCACCCCCAGACUUUAAAAGCAGUCAGGAGGCUCCCCAGGAGGGCCUUCCCUUGAGUCAGACAGCCGUACACUUGGGGGACACGUGUGGAGGGCCGGGGGGGCACACAGACUUCUAAUUAUCCUCCAGCUCACUUAGUGAUGCUGGAAACAAGUGGCAGGGGCCCUGAUUCGUGAGGUUUUGGAGGAGUCAGCAUUUUCCAGGGUCAUGGAUGGGCGGGGCUGCCACCUCUCACUUGGCUGCAGUGGGGCCUACUGUCCUCCGUUGGGAGCACAUGCUCGCAGGAGAGCCACACGAUUGGACAGCUGGCAUGGAGCUGGAUCAGUUAUGGGAGAGCUGUGGGUGUAGGAGCAAGGAGCUUGGCCUCGGAGAAAAAGAUUCUAUUCCACUGCACAGUAACAAUUCACCUUUGAGUUAAAUCCCUUUUAAAGCAGAGUUAUGUAUCUAAUUUUAUAACUUUAAAAGAGUAUUCCUCAGCCAUUUUUGAUCUGUCAGAAACGCAAAUUGGAGAAAGAUACUUUGUUACCUAAAACCAUAACUUGAUUCCCUGUGGUCCUUAGGAGAAAUUCUGAACUCCCCACCGUGCAUCCAAAGGCUUCCUGGAGCCUCAUCUGCUCCCGGUUCACUCCUGAUCACAGAGGUAGCACCAACUGCUGGAUGUGCCCCCUCAUCCAGGCGCUCCUGCCUCCCAGCCGACGCUCAAGUGCCCCCUCUCAUCUGGCUGAUGACCCAUCACAAGCUUCAUGUUGGGUUCAGCCCACUACCCCUCUGCUGCUUCUGAUCCUUGGUGGCCAUUCACCUCUUGUUACUGUGCUUGCUCUGAUUGUUCUGUGUGCUCUCUCAUUGUUAAGGACCGUGAGUGUAUCUCACUGAUUUGUGUGUCCCUGCUAUCUGGAGCAGGGCAAUAAAAAGCACAGCCCAGUCUGUGUACACUUGGCACCUCUCUUGCUUUGUCCUAUCUACACUGUUAUUUAAAACAUUAAAAAAAAAAAAAACUUUUUUUUGGUCAUUGCUUUUUUGUUUUGUGACAGUGUAGUCUGCUGGUCUACUGGAAAUACCUCCUCUUGGCCCUGCUGACGUCUCUGUUCGUAAUGCAUUCAACACUUGCAGGCAGUAACAGAGUAAGACUGGCCUCUUGUAUGUUUUGCCUUCAGAGUUUGUCUAUGAAUGACUGUCCACUCGCUUGGGGGUGCUGUGGGGGGGGGGGGGGCGAGGUGCUCAUCUUCAUUUAGUGUUCUGUGUAUCUCUAAUUCACUCAGAGGGCACACAGUCCUGAUACACUUCAUGACUUUCUUCUGUCUUAACUCCAUGAUUGAGCCCAACUUCUUCCCCACCUCCCUGUUCUCCAGCUCACUUUCUCACUGAUUUGAAAAUGUAUUGAUCAAAAGGACCAGUGCUAAAUACUUGGAAACCAAGGUGAAUAAGACAUCAUCUGUCCUGAAGUUGUCCAUAGUCUGAUGGAGGCAGAAAGGUCAUGGCAAGCUGAGUUCAGUGUUGGAGUUGAAGUAUGUUUCCAGUUGUGCAGGGGUGUAGGUCAGGAGGCAGCUAGUUUGGUGUGGAGAUGUGAGGCAGCUUCAUGGAGGAGGUGACAGUGAACUGGACAAGUAGACACUUGUCACCUAAAAAAAGAGGGUGGUCUGGGAGGGACUCUGGAGAAAACAGGAGGCCUGGAGGAUCCCUCUCUGAUCUAAAGCAGGUGAGUUAUAUCACACAGUGGAUAACUGUCUAGCAAAAGUGUUAGUUGUUGCAUCGAAUUUCUUUUAUCUGAACAUGAAAACAGUUUUGAAAUGCUGUCAGAAUGUACUGCCCGUGAGGGCAUGUCUUGAGUUCUUAAAUUCCAGCAACUCUUGAAGCCUUGAGUGGGUACAAAGCAUAUAGUACUCCAUCGUUGGAAGACUCACCCAUAACAGAUGUUUCAAAUGGUAUAGAAACAUAUUACCAGACCAUUUUAACCAACUUUGAUUGAGGUCCAAUUGCCAUAUAGUAACACACUCAUUUUAAGUGUACAGAAUUUUGGCAAAUCCAUAUACCUGUAUAACCAUCAUGACAAUCAAGAAAAAUAACACUUCUAUCACCCAAAAAAUGUUCCCUCUUGCCCUUUCCCAGGUCCCACUCCAGGCCCAAGUAAACACUUUGUUAGUAUGUAUUCAUUCUGCCUGUUGUAGGACUUCACAUAAAUGGAUUCAUACGGCAUGUAAUCCUGUGUGUCUUAUUCCACUUUGGCAUGUUUUAAAGACUAAACCAAGUAGCUCUGUGUUUCCAGAGCUGUUUGUGAGUAGUGUUCCAUUGUAUGGGUGAAGGUCAACAUCAUAUAUUAUUCAUUCAUCUGUUGGUAGAAAUUUGGGUUUCCAGUUUUGGCUGUUAUGAAUAAAACAGUUAUCAGCAUUUGUAUAAA